AUGACAUCUACUAAUUCAACAAGUCGAAAAUCCAAACGUGAUGAUCCAAAACGUUCAUCUGCACCUGUAACUGUUGUUGUUAGUAGUGAACAACAAAUGACAAAGACAAAAAAUGCUGUUAAAUCUAAUGAUGCUGUUGUAUUAACUCAAACAUCAAAUACAAUGAAUAAUAAUAAAAAACGUCGAGCAACAGAAAUUAUUCAAAAUGAAGUGCCUUUAUCUGAACGUUUAAGUGCAUUUGAAAGUCAAACAUCAACUGGUCAAUUGAAUACAGAACAAAAACAACAAAGUCUAUCAGCUGAUAGUCUCGUAACAUUACUUACACAAGGAUUACAAAGUUCUGAUACAACUCUACUUGAUGUAAGUAAACAAUGGUUUUUUUUUUUUUUUUUUUGUUAA